AUGUCAAGCUAUGUCGCGGUUAAUAAUGAUGAGACUCAUUGUGAAUCACUAAAUUUAAAUGGAACUAUGCAUGAAAAUAAAUUUGUGACAAAUGUUCACUUAGGACGUAUCACAUUCAGUCGACCGAUUGCAGAUUGGGAUUCACUAAUGUCUAAACAUACUAACUCAAGCAUUAAGAAAAGUCAUUGUUGUUUAAAAUCAUUAUCAUAUUGUAGUAAACAACAAUGGAGAUCAUAUUCGAUAUACUUUAUCAAGUCUAUAUUUCCAUGCAUUGAUAUAUUACUACAUUAUAAUUGGCGAUCAGAUUUUUUGAAAGAUAUUUCCGGUGGUUUGACAAUAGGUGUUAUGAAUAUUCCACAAGGUAUGGCAUAUUCAUUGCUCGCUGGUUUACCACCUGUUUAUGGAUUGUAUAUUGGUUUUUUAAGUCCAUUGUUCUACGCAAUUUUUGGACGUUGUACACAAUUUUCUAUGGGUACAUUCGCUGUUGUAAGCCUACUGAUUGUUGGCCCAAUUGAACAACAUAGUUCAAAAGUUGCAGUUAAUCAUCAUAAUUCCAUCAUAAAUUCAAACUCCACACUAGUUGAAGAUAUAAUAACUAAAAAGUUGCCACUACAAUAUUCAGAACCAAGAGCAAUCGUAGCCGUGACGCUUACUUUCUUAGUUGGAAUUAUACAACUUAUUAUUGGCCUUUGCCAAUUGGGUACAUUUACGUCAUAUUUAGCGCCAUCAAUGGUAUCUGGUUAUACAUCGGGCGCAGGUUUUCAUGUGUUAAGCAGUCAGAUUAGUUCAUUGUUCGGUGUGAAGUCUGCAAAGAAAUAUCAAGGACCUGGUUCAUUUUUUAUGGUCUAUGUGAAUUUGUUCAAAAAUAUACGUGAGACAAAUUUGUUCACACUACUUAUAUCUGCUGCAUCGAUUGCGUUCUUAAUGAUCGUUAAAUUUUGUGUUGAACCCCUAUUGAAACGAUAUAUAGAUUUGAAGAUUCCAAUACCUAGUGAAUUGAUUUUGGUUGCUUUAGGCACUAUAAUCUCUGGUACAUUAAAUUUACACUCUACUAAGAAUGUUUCAAUUGUAGGAUAUAUCGCGAGCGGAAUGCCACAAGUAACAGCACCCCAUUGGAGCAUAAUUCCAGAUUUAAUUCCAGAUGCUCUUCUAAUUGGAUUUGUUAGUACGUUCCUGUCAGUUUCCUUAGUUAAAUUAUUCUCUUUAAAGUACAGAAAUAAAGUUAAUUUUAAUCAUGAAAUCUUAUCACUCGGUAUUAUAAAUACAUUUACAUCAUUUUUCUCUUGUUUCGUUCAAUCUGGAAGUCUUUCUCGUAGUAUGGUAUUAGCGGGAACAAAAACCAGAACACCGCUAUCAGGUAUAUUCAGUUCAAUGUUGAUUGUAUUUGUGCUAUUAUUUUUGGGCCCGUAUUUUGAAGCAACUCCAUCAUGUAUUUUAUCUGCUAUAAUUGUGGUAGCAUUGAAAAAUAUUUUGACACAACCGAAGAAACUACCAUAUCUAUGGAAUACUUAUAAACCAGAUUUUUUUCUAUUCACUGUAACAUUUCUGGGAACUAUCAUACUUGAUGUAACUUACGGUCUGUUAGUUGGUCUAAUCUCUUGUCUUAUUGUGUUAACGGAAAGACAGCGAAGUAUCAAAUUACUGGAAUUGUGCAAUAUCUCAGGCACAGAACUUUAUGUUCAUAAGCAUUAUGAACUAUUAACCAAAACGCAAAUAGAUAAAACUCAAUCUGAUUAUCUAUUGUCAUCGAUCAAAGCAAUACGUGUUCUAGGUUCAUUAAAUUUUUCAUCAGCUGAGAACUUCACAAAUCGCGUUUACAAGACAAUUAAUAAUAUGAUGCUAGAUGAAGAUUUCAAUUAUGAUAAUAAUAAUAAUGUAUCAAAUCAUCACAAUGCAAUUAAUGAUAAAAUACAAGAUGAAUAUUAUAAUCAUUGUCAAUUAAAUGAAGUAUCUGUGAAUACAAAAGAUAGUAAGAAUAACAUUUAUGAACUUGCGAAAAAUUCAAAUGAGAGGAAUGGAACAAAAACCGAUGAUAACUACAUAUUGAGAAAUAGUAAUUUUGUCAGUAAAUCAAGUGAUAUACUCAGGACAGAAAAAUGUAAUUUUUCUCAUCGUCAAACUGAAGCAAAUCUACCUUCAUUACAUGUUGACCUGCAUGACUUUCUAAUGCAGCACGAUGGGGAAAAAUUACGAAGAUUUCUUCUGCUGGAUAUAUCUGGAAUUACACACAUUGAUCCAGUUGGGGCUGCUGCACUCACUGAAAUACAACGAAAUUUAUAUAAAAAUAAUCUCUUUGUGAUUCUAUGUGGAGAUCCAACUCCAUUCAAAUGUCUAUCUGCAUGUGAUUGGUAUGUCUGCCCUGGAUUAAAAUCAAUCUACCCGACAUUAUAUGAUGCUGGAGCUGUUUGUGUUAAGUUUCUUUGUCAAGACGAAUCAAAUCCAAGGAGAAGUUCAGAAUCACGGGUAAAUGGUACAAAUAACGAAUAA